UUCUGUCCUUUAUAAGGCAGAGAAGUGCGAGUCGGCUGGGGUGUUGUUGACAUUUCACAGGAGCUUUACAAAAGUUUUUAGCAGUGCUAUGGCAGUAUUGUCAGUGGCUUCAAGUAUAUGUUUUAUGCCGGACAGUUGAAAGCACUGAGCCGACAGAUGACUGAGCACUUCGGUUGAUUUUGUGGAAGUGGUUGUUAUCAGUAUGACUCGCGAUAUCAUUCUUGGAGAUGAACUGCCCGACUGGGUCGGGGCGAAAGAGUUUUAUCAGAAGUAUGAUCCCAAAGAGGUGAUUGGCAGAGGUGUGAGCAGCGUUGUGCGCAGAUGUGUACACAAACACACCGGGCAGGAGUUUGCGGUGAAGAUCAUUGAGAUCACUGCAGAGAAAAUGACAGAACAGCAGUUGAAGGAGGUAAAGAGCUCCACGCUGAAGGAGAUCCAUGUGCUCAAUGUGGUAAAGGGCCACCCGUCCAUCAUCACACUUAUUGAUUCUUAUGAGUCAACAACCUUCAUAUUUUUGGUAUUUGACCUCAUGAGGAGAGGAGAGCUAUUCGACUACUUGACUGAAAAAGUCACUCUUAGUGAAAAGGAAACCAGGAGUAUGAUGCGUGCUCUUCUGGAGGCUGUCCACUAUCUACAUUCUCUAAAUAUUAUACAUCGUGACCUCAAACCUGAAAAUGUUCUGCUGGACGACCAGGGACACAUCAAACUCUCUGACUUUGGCUUUUCAGUCCAGCUGGAGCCUGAUGAAAAACUAAGAGAGUUGUGUGGAACGCCAGGAUAUCUGGCACCAGAGAUUCUGAAGUGCUCCAUGGAUGAGACACAUGAGGGAUAUGGCAAAGAGGUUGACCUGUGGGCUUGUGGCGUAAUCAUGUUCACGCUUCUUGCUGGUUCUCCACCAUUCUGGCAUCGUAAACAGCUGCUCAUGUUGAGAAUGAUCAUGGAAGGACGGUACCAGUUUAGCUCUCCAGAAUGGGAUGACCGGUCUGACACUGUCAAAGACUUGAUCUCCAGGCUUUUAGUGGUGGAACCCACACUUCGUCUAACGGCUGAGCAAGCUUUAGCUCAUCCUUUCUUCCGUCAGUACCAAAAGGAGGAUGUGCGGCUCUUUAGCCCCAGAAAGACAUUUAAGGCCCUGAUCUUGACGGUGUUAGCUUGUAUACGAAUGCAGUGCCGCUAUUACCGAGCCAGACCCUUAACAAAGGAGCUCCUAGCAAGAGACCCUUACUCCAUCCGUGGUGUACGCAAGCUGAUCGAUGGCUGUGCUUUCCGCAUAUAUGGACACUGGGUCAAGAAAGGGGAGCAACAGAACCGAGCCGCUCUAUUCCAGAACACAGCUAAAAUCAUUCUACUGGGCCUUGAAGACCUUGACAACUAAAGGUCGUAUUUGUGUUUCUAAAGAUAUCCCUCAUCAGUAAAUUUACAAUUGUAUUUUUGUUUUUAAAGGAAUAAUUCACCCCAAAAAUGCAAACUCUGUCAUCAUUCACUCACCCUCAAUUUAUUCCAAAUCUGUAUGCAUUUCCUUGUUCUGCCGAACACAAAAGAAAUAUAUUUCGAAGAAAGUUUCUAACCAGACUGUUUUGGGUCGCCAUUGACUUCCAUAGUAACUUUUUCAGAAUAUCGGCAAACCAAAGAAAUUCAUCGAGAUUUGAAACUACUCGAGGGUGAGUUAAUGAUGACACAAUUUUCUUUUUUGGGUCAACUAUUCCUUUAAGUUAGGGACUUGGCCCGUCUGUCCAAAAGGCACACAAAACACGACUAUUUGUAGAUGAUGAGGUUUUUUGUCUUUUAAAGAUGGAUGGUGCUUCUUGAUUUUAGCAGCAUGUCACGUGACCUCAUUUUAACCACUCACUGUGGAUUUUACAUUUUUAAAUAUAGCAUACUUAUUGGUGGCAUCAUGUUAUAGUUCUUAUUAUAUGGACCAGCUUGAUAUAAAGAGAUACAGAGAAGAAAAAGCAUACUCGUAUUCACAAUUUAGUUCUGUUUAAUUCAACAUUCAAUAUCGAGCUCUCUAGUCUACACUGUUUUUGACACAAAGCAUAUUGUAUUAUCAUUCUUACGCUUCAAAAACAAUUCCAGGUUGGUAAAGACUAAACCAUAGAGGGACAGAGAACAUUUAACAAUGUGGAGUGGACUUUAAGACUUUCAAUACAAAGGAUAAGAUACUUGAAACACAGCAUUAUAGUUAUGUAACCCUACUGAGAGUGUGUUUUUAUUUAAAUCAUUACAAAACCAUGUGUACAAGCUUCUUUCAUUUUAUCCUCUAAAUAUGUUUUACCACUCGUUUCUUUUUAUCACAGUCGAUUAGACAUUAUCCAUUAAUCAUCAAGGUACUGUACUAAUUCUAAGCAGGUAAACAUGUAUGAAAAUAUAUAUAUAAUUACUGUA